GUUAUAAACAGACUUGAUGGAGAAUAAGUCUGAGCUGGUGUUGGAGCUUCAGGGUCUCAAUGACUCGCUGACCAACCGCCAGACGUUCUUCGCCUUCGCUCUGAUGUCGUACGUCUUGACGAUCUUCGUCAACGUGACGCUCAUCGUCACCGUCUGUCUGGAGAAGACGCUCCACCAGCCGAUCUACGUCUUCAUGUGCAACCUGUGUUUUAACGGCAUCUGCGGAGCGUCCAGUUUCUACCCGAAGCUGCUUCACGACCUUCUGGCCGACUCUCACGCCAUCACGUACUCCGGCUGUCUGGCGCAGCUGUUUGGCGUUUACUGUUACGUCUUCUGCGAGUUCACCAGUCUGACCGUCAUGGCGUACGACCGCUACCUCGCCAUCUGUAAGCCGCUGCAGUACCAGACGCUGAUGACGGGGCAGAAGGUGGCGCAGCUGCUGCUGCUCACCUGGUGCUUCUCGCUGCUGGAGACGGCGAUCGGCGUCACGCUGACCGCCAACCUGCCACUCUGCAGACGCCACGUCAAGAAGAUCUUCUGCACCAACUGGGAGGUGGUGAAGCUGUCGUGCUCCGACACGACGGUCAACAACAUCUACGGCUUCGUGCUGACGUUCUCGCACAUCCUGCAGACCGUCCUGAUCCUGGUGUCCUACACCCACCUGGUCCGAGCCUCGCUCCGGUUGCACUCCGACCGCAGGAAGUUCGUACAGACGUGUCUGCCGCACCUCGCCACGCUGCUCGUCUUCCUCGGCUCGCUGAUGUUCGACAUCAUGUAUUCCCGUUACGGCGGCGGCGGCGGCGGCACGCUGCAGGCGCUGCAGAACGCGCUGGCUGCAGAGUUCCUGGUGGUCCCGCCCCUCAUCAACCCCAUCAUCUACGGCAUGAAUCUGCACCAGAUCAGGACCAGAAUCCUCCAGAACUUCACCCACAAACCAGAACCCCACAAACCACGCCCAUGA